AUGGACGACCUUACGACCGAACUCACCGAGCGCUUCGAGCGCUACUGCGACACCAAGGAUGACCAAUUCCCCGCCGAUGUCCUCGCUGAACUGCAGUCCAUGUCACGGCUGUAUUCCAUCUCGCCCGAGGAGCUGGAUUUCAAAUGGCAGGCAUACAACAUGAAGAUGGGCGGUGAAGAGAGCAAGAUGGACGUCAAGACGGCACGAGACUUCAAAAAGACGAUACAAGAUGCAUUGGAGCGCGAGAGCAGAGGGAAGGCCCAGCAGAGAAACGAAGUCAAGCGGGGCCAGCCAACACCACGAGCAAAGGGUGGGGACAUGUAUGAUAUACUAGAAGGACUCGUGCCGGGUACCCCACGUCAAAGCACAACGAACGGCGCCAAUGGCAGUACAGUAAAGCGCAAAGCCAACUUCCAGACACCGGGAGGCAAGGCCACCAAGGCUCAUGAGAUGAGUUCGCCCGGAGGAUUCAUGACACCGAAGGCUGAAGCCCCAGGUGGUCCUGUCUUUGACUUCGCUUCCCGUACGAACGCAAACGACAUCACCGAACAAUUCAUGCAAAGCGAAAUUGCCAUCCCGGAGCCGCCGUCGGAAGAACCGAAAGAACCUCGCAUUAAACUCAAGGCGAAUACGGACAUGUCCAAGUUCUCAUACCGCACCAUGGCCAUGAAGCUCUCUGAGGCGUCUGAAGUCUUGGAUGAUAGGAUUGACGAGUUCCGUGACCUACUCAGGGACACAACGGGUCUGGACGAAAGCGCCUUCGGCAACCCCAAUUACCCGUCACCGAGCGAGAUCAUUGCAGUCGGAAGAAUUGCAAGCGACACAAGCGAAGGCAAACUCAACACGGCAUCACUCGUCCUUGAAGGCUCGCGAAGACAUGGCUCAGGCCGACGUGUACCGCUGAGCGUAGAAGGGCUAUCGUCGUAUGAUUUCUUUCCCGGCCAGAUUGUUGCUCUGCGUGGUACCAACGCUUCGGGUGACUCAUUCGUAGUGUCGGAAGUCAUGUCACUUCCUCUGCUGAAUCCGCCUGCUACAAGACCCGAAGAAUUGGAUGCCAUCAACGCGAGAUAUCUCGACACGCCCGAUUCCGAUCCGGAGAAUGUCCGACCUCUCACCAUCAUGAUUGCGUCCGGACCUUACACGACCGACCAGAAUCUCGACUUUGCCCCAUUACACACCUUCCUUGACAAUGCUGCUGAAGCAUACGCGGACUCUAUCAUCUUGGUGGGCCCAUUCCUCGACGCAGAACAUCCUCACAUCCGGUCAGGAGACUUCGAUGCUCCGCCAAAUGUAAGCCCAGAUCAGGCUACCAUGACUGAUCUGUUCAGACACCACGUCUCGAGUGCCAUCCAAAACUUUAACAAACGCGUACCAACAUGUAAUGUUCUUCUGGUCCCCAGCUUACGAGACGCGCAUCACCACCAUGCUGCGUUUCCGCAGGACAAGUUCAUCAAGAAGGAGCUUAGCCUGGGCGCUGCAGGAAAGAUGGUCCAAUGUGUGACCAACCCAAUGACUGUCAGCAUGAAUGAAAUGACCGUGGGCAUGUCGUCCAUCGAUAUCUUGGAUAUGCUACGUAGGGAAGAGCUGGCAGGCGGCAAGGCACGAAGUACGAAUAUCUAUGAACGGUGCGCUCGAAACGUCCUCGAGCAGCGGAGUUUCUUGCCAAUCUUCCCGCCAACUGGAAGAGAAAAGCAGCAAUUCAUGCCCGCGCCAAUCGAGGAGAAGGUCAUGAAGAAUGAGGCAGGGAACAGUGAGCGGAAAGAGGGUGAAGAGCUGGAAGAGGAACAGUUACCCAGCCCUUUUCUUCCCUUGGGCACCAUGCUCGAUACGAGCUAUCUCAAAUUGGGCGAAAUGCUGAAUGUACGGCCUGACAUACUCAUAACUCCCAGCGUGCUUCAAGGCACAGUCAAGGUCGUGGAGUCUGUACUGGUUGUCAACCCUGGCACUUUAGCUAAACGGCGCGCGGCAGGGACGUAUGCCCGCGUCAUAAUACAACCAGCUGUCGUCAGUGACGCAGAAAGGGAGAAAGGGGUUGCAGUUGCGCACAAGCUCUGGGAACGGACGCGUGUUGACAUUGUGAAGAUAUAG